AUGGCUAAAGGAAAGGUUUUGUUGGUUCUUUAUGAAGGUGGCUCCCAUGCCAAAGAAGUUCCAGCUUUGCUUGGAUGUUUGGAAAACGAAUUAGGAAUUCGUAAGUUCGUGGAAGACAAUGGUUAUGAAUUGGUAACUACAUCCGAUAAAGACCCAGAGCCAACCUCUCAAGUGGACAAGGAACUUGCUGAUGCUGAAAUCGUCAUCACCACCCCUUUCUUCCCUGCCUACAUCACCAAGACAAGAAUUGCGAAGGCUCCUAACUUGAAGAUUGCCAUCACUGCUGGUGUUGGUUCUGACCACGUUGAUCUUAACGCAGCCAACGAAAGAAAGAUCACUGUCACUGAAGUCACUGGCUCUAAUGUUGUUUCUGUAGCUGAACAUGUGAUCAUGACAAUCUUGGUUUUGAUCAGAAAUUUUGUUCCAGCUCAUCUUCAGGCUAUCGGAGAUCAAUGGGAUAUUGCCGGAGCAGCCAAACAAGAAUAUGACUUAGAAGAUAAGGUGAUUUCUACUGUUGGUGCUGGAAGAAUCGGUUUCCGUGUCUUGGAAAGAUUGAUUGCUUUCAAUCCAAAGAAGUUGUACUACUACGACUACCAGGAAUUACCAGCUGAAGCUAUUCAGAAGUUGAACGAUGUUUCCAAGAUCCUCAAUGGUAGAGACAACAUUGUCGAAAGAGUUGAAAGUCUUGAAGAAAUGGUUUCGAAGUCUGAUGUCGUCACCAUUAACUGUCCAUUGCAUGAAAAGUCCAAGGGCUUGUUCAACAAGGAAUUGAUUUCAAAGAUGAAGAAGGGAUCUUAUUUGGUGAACACUGCUAGAGGUGCUAUCUGUAUCGAGCAGGAUGUUGCAGAUGCUGUGAAUUCAGGACAUAUUGCUGGUUAUGGUGGUGAUGUCUGGUUCCCACAACCUGCUCCAAAGACUCAUCCUUGGAGAUCAAUGAAGAAUGAUUUUGGUGGAGGUAAUGCAAUGACUCCACAUGUCUCCGGAACUUCUCUUGACGCUCAAGCUAGAUAUGCCGCCGGUGUCAAGGAUAUCUUAAAGGAAUACUUCGCUGGAACCCACAAUUACAGACCCCAAGAUGUUAUUGUCAUUGACGGUGACUAUGCCACUAAAGCAUAUGGACAAAGAAACAAAAAGUGA